AUGAAGGCCUUUGUUCUUGUCUGGCUGUUGCCUGUGUUGGCAACAUGCCAAAGUACGACAUCCCCUGCCCUGCCGCCGUGGCAAACAGGUGUCAUCACGGAGGACGGUAGCUGUGGUGGCAUCGACAACUGGGACGGCAUGUGCGGUCGAUCCAAAGCCUUUUGCGGCGACGGAUGCCAGCCAACCUUUGGGAACUGUGACGCGCCUCCGCCGCCCCCGGUAAAACCACCCGGACCCGGUGACGCGUCUCCGGAUGGUUCUUGCGGAGGCUCAAACCAGUUCACCUGUACCAACUCGACCUUCGGGGCGUGCUGCUCGUCUGGAAACUGGUGCGGCGACUCGUCCGCGCAUUGCGGCACCGCCUGCCAGAGCGCCUUUGGCACCUGUGCGGGCGAGAGCAACAUUUCUUCCGACGGCAAGUGCGGACCCAAUGGAAAGAUCUGCCUCGGUUCAGGCUUCGGUGAUUGUUGUUCGUCCAGCGGCUGGUGCGGCGGUGCGGCGGAACACUGUGGCACCGGCUGCCAGACGGCUUUCGGCAACUGCACGGCCGGGAGCGGCAGUGGUGGCGGCGAUUCUGGUGGCAAUCCCGGCACCAUCUCGACGGACGGUACCUGCGCCGGCACGAAGGGUCUGCUCUGCAAGGGCUCCAUUUACGGAGACUGCUGCUCGUCUAGCGGCUACUGCGGUAGUUCAGCUGCCCACUGUGGACCAGGUUGUCAGUCGAACUUCGGAAAUUGCACGACCUCGGGGGACGUUUCGACAGACGGCUCCUGCGGUAAGAACGGGAAGACUUGUAAGGGAUCGAGCUUUGGGGACUGCUGCUCCUCAAGCGGGUUCUGCGGAGGCACGACUGCGCACUGCGGAGCUGGGUGCCAGUCCGGAUUCGGCAUUUGUGCUGCAGCAGACAACAUUUCUACGGACGGCACCUGCGGAAGCAACGGGAAGACGUGCAAGGGGUCUGCCUUUGGCGACUGCUGCUCGGCCAGCGGCUUUUGUGGAGCGUCGACGGACCACUGCGGCGCGGGCUGUCAAACAAAUGCGGGCACUUGUUCUGGUGCUGCCAAUAACAACAUCUCGACGGACGGCAGCUGCGGCAAGAACGGCAAGGUCUGCAAGGGCUCGACCUUUGGCGACUGCUGCUCCUCUGGCGGGUUCUGCGGCGCGUCUACGGACCAUUGUGGUACCGGCUGUCAAGCCUCCUUUGGCACAUGCACAACGGCUGGUUCGGACAACAUCUCCACUGAUGGAUCCUGCGGGAAGAACGGCAAGACCUGUAAAGGGUCCACGUUCGGUGACUGCUGCUCGUCGGGCGGUUUCUGUGGCAAGUCAACGGAUCACUGCGGGCCAGGCUGCCAGACUCUAUUCGGCACGUGUACGGCCGGGGCUGGUAGCAUCUCGACCGAUGGUGCGUGUGGGAAGAAUGGAAAGACGUGCAAGGGCUCGACUUUUGGAGAUUGCUGCUCGUCUUCCGGGUUCUGUGGCAAGUCGACAGAUCACUGUGGUGCCGGUUGUCAAUCAUCGUUCGGCACCUGCACGACCGGUGCCGGCUCCGUGUCUACGGAUGGAAGCUGCGGCAAGAACGGCAAGACGUGUAAGGGAUCGACAUUUGGAGACUGCUGUUCGGCGAACGGUUUCUGCGGAAAGUCUUCAGACCAUUGCGGCACGGGCUGCCAGGGGUCUUUUGGAACGUGCAACGGCGCGGCCGACAGUCUCUCCAAGGACGGCGCCUGUGGUUCGAGGAACGGCAAGACGUGCGUCGGGGCCGGGUUUGGGACGUGCUGCUCCAGCACUGGAUAUUGCGGAAGCACUGGAAGCCACUGCGGCCAGGGCUGUCAAACCGGGUCCUCGAGUGGAUGCUUCACGAGAAACAUCCCCACCAAUGACGGCACAUGCGGUGCUAGCAAAGGCAGCUUCACAUGUGCUGGUGGUCCUUUCGAUAACCAAUGCUGCAGUUCCGGUGGCUUCUGCGGGACAACGAGCGAUCACUGCGGAUCUGGCUGGUGA